UGUUGGUUGCGUUUGGACAUUGUGUCGCCUUUAGACUUAACAUGAUUCAACUUUUUAAGUCAACAACUUGAGUUCCCAAUCAUUAACUUUAACUACCAUAACUUUCACAGCCAUUAAAUCAUCCCGCCUGACAAAUACUUAAACAGCGGAAAAUUUAAACCGGUCAUUAAAGUGACCGUUGGGCUGUUGAGCGUCCAGAUAGUAAAAACCAGCAGUGAUAAUACCAUCACAGAAAAACAUUCGACACCAGUCCAUAAGUCAUUUUUAAUGCUCCCCCCCCCUCACUAUUUUUAACUCUGACGCAACAAUAAGGCUGUGUCUUAAACAGAAAAUGCAAAUGCUACCACAUAAAGCUGUAAACAUAUUUUCCACUUCCUCUUACAAGAAUCAGUUUGUUUUUGACUGGGGCACCUGUGCGACGCACACAAACGCGCUGAGAGAAGACUUGGUCACUUUGAGGGCACUCGGUUUGUUUUAUUUCAGAGUCGGGCAUGAAGUCAAACAGCAGGCCUCGCGGCAGGAGGAGCGGAGACUGAAAGCGGAUUCAGUGAAGCUCAUCUGCUUUAUCAGGAUGGGCUGCACUUGCAGUGGCCAGAAAGAAGUGAAAGAACAGGGGUUCUAUAAAGGAAAGCACAACUCUCAGGCCUCUCAACCGACAAACCAUAUAGCACGGAGUGGAAACACCAAUAAAGAAAACGACGACACUGUGUAUGUGGCUCAACACGACUUCAAAGCGACGAACGAAAAUGAUCUACCUUUCAGAAAGGGAGACAAACUUCAAAUUUUGCAAGAAAAUGGUGAAUGGUGGCUGGCUAGAUCCCUGCUGACUGGGCAAGAAGGCUUCAUACCAAGCAAUUACGUAGCCAGAGCAGACACGUUCGAGAUAGAAAAGUGGUUUUUCAAGGAUCUGAGCAGGAGAGAGACUGAACGGCUGCUUUUAGCCCCUGGAAAUAAACCAGGCUCCUUCCUAGUUCGAGAGAGUGAGACCAGCAAAGGGUCAUUCUCACUGUCAGUCAGAGAUCAUGAACAAGAGCAGGGAGAAGUGGUGAAACACUACAAGAUCCGGUGCCUGGACAAAGGUGGUUACUACAUCUCCCCUUCGAACACGUUCGCGUCCCUACAGGACCUGGUCCAAUACUACACCCGCACAGCAGACGGUUUGUGUCAGCGGCUGUACGCUCCCUGCAAACCGAAGGUCCCUCUCCAGUCGUGGGCUCAUGAUGAAUGGGAAAUUCCCAGAGAGACGCUGAAAAUGGUGAAGAAACUCGGGGCCGGCCAGUUUGGAGAAGUCUGGAUGGGUUACUACAAGAACACACAAAAGGUCGCUAUCAAGACGUUAAAGGAGGGGACGAUGGCGCCCGAGGCCUUCCUCCAGGAGGCCAACCUGAUGAAGAAGCUUCAGCACGAACGACUGGUGCGGCUGCACGCCGUGGUCACACAGGAGCCCAUUCUCAUCGUCACCGAGUUCAUGAUCAAUGGGUGUCUUCUUGACUUUCUAAAAACAGACGCAGGGAAAAAGCUGACGAUGAAGAAGCUCAUCGACAUGUCAGCGCAGAUAGCCGAAGGCAUGGCGUACAUUGAGAAGAAGAACUACAUCCACCGUGACCUGCGUGCGGCCAACAUACUGGUCAACGAGAUGCUGCACUGCAAGAUAGCGGACUUUGGCCUGGCCAGAAUCAUCGAGACAGAAUACACAGCUCAAGAAGGUGCUAAGUUUCCCAUUAAAUGGACGGCUCCAGAGGCCAUCAAUUACGGCACAUUCAGCAUCAAAUCGGACGUCUGGUCCUUUGGGAUCCUCCUGACAGAAAUAGUCACCUAUGGACGAAUACCUUACCCAGGAAUGACCAACCCAGAGGUGGUGAGGAACCUGGACAAGUCGUACAGGAUGCCAUGUCCGGACAGCUGCCCUCACGAACUCUACGAUAUCAUGAUGAUAUGCUGGAAGCAGCGGCCUGAGGACCGGCCAACAUUCGAGUACCUCCAGAGCACUCUCAAUGACUUCUUUAUCGCCACGGAGGGACAAUAUGAGAUGCAGCCAUGAUCACUCGGGCCUUUCUGAUCCUAUCCAGAGGAGACAGAGUUCAUUAAGGAUCACCCAAGCAUCCUCAGUGUGACUGGUGCAAGUGACUUUUUUUUUUAAAGAGCUCAGAUGGAUUGUUUUUUUUAUUUUUUUAAAUUUUUUUAACGCUGUCGAAUGUAAAAACUAUUUAUAACUUAAUCUAUCAGUAACGGAUACGAGCAUCUGAAAGACAAAAAUUCCACGGCGUUGUAUUACAUGGCUGACUUUACUUCGUCUAGAGGCGGCUCCUGCUCUCGAUAGCUGUCGUGGAUUAUUAGGAUUCACACAUGAUGGUUGGUAGGACUAUGGAAAUACAAAUAAAGUACGUGAUGUCAAAAGGCCUCUCGACCUCGGGGGAAGUCAACACAGGUAAAGUUGGAGAUUAAACAUUUGCAUGGUACAAAAAAACAAAAAACAAAAAAGCGAGCAGCCUGAGAUUACAAGCACAAUAUUUUGCACUUUUCCUUUUCUUCAGCCAAUUCAGCUUAAAUAUAAAGAAAGAAAGAAGGCUUACCAAAGAGAAAUUAUUCUCUAAAUUAUCCCUGCAUUUUUGUAAAUAAAAUAUUUGCAUAAUUU